UAGUAUGUUGGAGCAUUGGAAGGAUUAUUUUUCACCUUGUCCCGAAGAUAUUCUUUAUGAAGAUUCACAAGUCGUUGCAUUCAAGGAUACAAGUCCACAAGCAGCUAGGCAUUACUUGGUAGUGCCUAAAGUGAAGAUAAAGGGUGUAGAAGAACUUUCUAGAGCACAUAUUGCUUUGCUGGAUCAUAUGAUUCAAGUAGGACAUCGUAUCUUAAAUACAACAAGUCUUCUUCCACAUCAGUAUAGGAUGGGUUUUCACAUCAAGCCAUUUCGAUCGAUACCUUAUCUACAUAUGCACUGCCUAUUAUUACCCUUUCGAAAUACUUGGCAACGAAUAAGAUUCUCUGAAUCUCUUCCUUUUGGAGGAUUUAUAUCUGCCAUACGAGUACUUGGAAAGAUACAACGAUAAUACAAGUUUCUACAUUCCAAAAGUAGCAAUCCUUUUUUUGUUCCUU